AUUCGAGCUCACACAUAAGCAGUUCGUGAGCUGCGCUUUGCGUUCCCCACCUUCACCAUUGACUCUCACCUCGAGGCUGCAGCGAUGGCCAGCACGACGACGAAGCUCUUUGACGUCGAGCACCAGCUUACUUUCUACGGUGCUUACCAUCACAACCGAAUCAAUGUAGCUAUUCAUAUGAUCUGUGUUCCUAUACUGUUCUGGACUUUCUCCGCGAUGGCUACAACUCUGCCGACCCCGUCCUGGUUCCCUUCCAUCCAUAAGCAACUCGGACCCUACCUUCUCUUCGAAGCGAACUGGGCAUCUCUGCAUGCGAUUGUCUACUGGCUCUACUUCCUGACUUUGGAACCCGUUGCUGCUCUCCUAUACACCCCCCAGCUUGCGUUGCAGACUCUGUCCGCUAUUACCUUUGCUAAGAGUGGCCCUGAUCACUUGAAGCAAGCUGCCCUGCUGCACGGCGUCUCCUGGAUCGCGCAGUUCGUCGGGCACGGCGCUGCUGAAAAGCGCGCUCCGGCCCUGCUUGAUAACCUUCUUGGGGCUGUCGUCCUUGCGCCAUUCUUCGUCCACCUCGAAUAUCUAUUUAAGCUUGGAUACAGGCCCGAGUUGCAGAAGAAGCUUGACCAGCGUAUCGAGGCUGAACUUGCAAGGAUCAAGACUCAGGAGAAAGUAGCGGGGAAGAAAGAGUUGUAGGAGAAGGCCCGUAUGCGUCCGGUGUCCAACAAUCUUCGUGUAUAUAUGCCAAAUGUUGUAUAAUAUCGUGGCUCCAACACACCCCUCGUCCUCAUCGUCGGUCAAGGGAAGAUCAGACUACUCGCACCAAGCGACGGAUACUGAUCGUGUUAGACGAAUGUUAUACGGCAUCAUACCUAUCUAUAG